AUUAUGACAAAUUUCAUGAUGGAUUACGAAUUCAAAAUGAAAACCCAAAACGAGAGAGUAAAAGUUGAAGACUUAUUCGACUAUGAAGGGUGCAAGGUGGGUAGAGGCACAUAUGGACACGUUUAUAAAGGCAGAAGAAAAGAUAGCUCCGAUAAUAGAGACUAUGCACUAAAACAAAUAGAGGGAACUGGCUUGUCGAUGUCCGCUUGCCGAGAAAUUGCUCUUCUUCGAGAGCUCAAACAUCCAAAUGUAAUUAAUUUGGUAAAAGUAUUUUUAUCACAUAAUGAUCGCAAAGUAUGGCUAAUGUUUGACUUUGCUGAACAUGAUCUUUGGCACAUUAUAAAAUUUCAUAGGGCUGCAAAAGCUAAUAAAAAACCUGUAAUGGUACCCAAAGGUAUGGUAAAAUCUCUAUUAUAUCAAAUACUGGAUGGUAUUCAUUACUUGCAUUCCAACUGGGUGCUGCAUAGAGAUCUGAAACCUGCAAAUAUUUUGGUUAUGGGUGAAGGACCAGAAAGAGGUAGAGUAAAAAUUGCUGACAUGGGAUUUGCAAGAUUAUUUAAUGCACCAUUAAAGCCUCUUGCAGAUUUAGAUCCAGUUGUUGUUACAUUUUGGUACCGAGCCCCAGAAUUACUUUUAGGAGCAAGACAUUAUACAAAAGCUAUAGAUAUCUGGGCAAUUGGGUGCAUAUUUGCUGAACUUUUAACUUCUGAACCUAUAUUUCAUUGUCGUCAAGAAGAUAUUAAAACUAGUAAUCCUUAUCAUCAUGAUCAACUUGAUAGGAUAUUUAAUGUCAUGGGUUUCCCUCAUGAAAAAGAUUGGGAAGAUAUUAAGAAAAUGCCAGAGCAUCCAACAUUGUUAAAAGAUUUUAAAAAGUCAAACUAUGUCAAUUGCUCAUUAAUGAAAUAUAUGGAUAGACAUAAAAUAAAACCUGAUAGUAAAGCAUUUCAUUUAUUACAAAAACUGCUUCUAAUGGAUCCAAAUAAACGUAUAACUUCUGAAUUAGCAAUGCAAGAUCCUUACUUUCUCGAGGAACCAGUACCUACACAAGAUGUUUUUGCAGGGUGCCCUAUUCCAUAUCCAAAAAGGGAGUUUUUAACAGAUGAUGACCAAGAAGAAAAAUCUGACAAUAAACAAAGACAAACACAACAGCAACAAUCACAGCAACAGCAGCAACAACAACAGCAACCAUCUCAACAACAGCAACAAUCAAAUCAAAAUGAUAAUCACAAUCCUGCAAAAAGGGUGAGAUUAACUGGGCCUGGGGGUCAUCCAGGGCAGGUGAAUUCGCAAACAAUUCCUAUUUCCCAACAACAGCAAGAGUUUCAUCAGCAACAAAUCAUGUAUAGUAAUGCUCAGCAACAACAAAAUUUUGCUCAAAGAUUUUAAUUUUUGUAUGUUUUUGUAAUUGUUGUUAAUGUUACUAUUUAUGUGCAAAAAUUCUUGAGUUUCGUGUUGUGUUGUAAAACAAAAAGCAUGAAUUUUAAAUUGGUUUCGCUUUUAAAUUUUUGUCUUGUUUCUAUAUGAAGUGUAAAGAUUGUUAUGACCUUGAAAAUUGUAUAAAAAGUCGAAAACCAAGUGACAAAUGUAAGAGCUUUCAAGUUGGUGGUCCCGCAAGCGGGUUAUGGAUCUCAACAUUAAAAUUAAAACUGUUGUAAUUUGAUGGAAU